AUGAAUGAACUUUUCAGUUACAAGAAAUAUCAUACUUUCAAUUAAAUCAGCAAAUAUAGAUAUACAAACCUCUCUAAUUAAACUGCAUUCUUUGUUUAUUUAAUGGAACUAAAUAAAUUUAAAACUAUAGAAAACAUAAUUAUAUAUACAUCUUUUGUAAAGAUUUAGACACUUAAUAUGAGUGGAAUGAAGAUUAAGUUAUAUCAAUUUAAGUUUAAUGUUUAAAUUAAACAAUAAAUUCUAUUUGUAAAGAUCAAAAUAAAAAAAUAAUCAAAGUAAAUAAACUGA